AUGGGGAGGAGUAAAGACGGCACUGAGAUCCUGGUGCACAUCACUGCACCAAGUGCCGCAGCAGACGAUGUCAAAUACCGAGCGCUUGCCCAGGCCUACCUAGACUUCGAGCCAGAGCGGACCGUCCCUCUUCCCCAGGGCUCUACUUCGAAUUCCAGGGCUGUCCCUUCCGACAAUAAGUUCAUCUCCCCGCAAGCAUCAUUCGGAAGCGUAUGGGAUAAUAUCGGCUCACCCCGCCUGGCACGAGCAAUCCAGCCGUCAGCAGAGUUGCCAGGCAUACAACCCUCUGUGCCUGCUGUAUCAUCUCAACUCGAUGAUGACACCCAACACUCGUGGGUUGCCCCCCCGAGCGAAAUUCCGGAUUCUAUGCCGGAUAAUGAUAUCAGAGCGCCUGCCUUCAACACGCCCACAAGGAUACUGAAUUACUUCCUCCAAUCCACCGAGCCGCCCUUGCUCUCAUCUGGUGGACGUUCUAGCGAGGCAGUCGAGGUUGGGAGAAACGCCGUCCACAGCACACCCUCACAUGCAGCUGAUUUAGACAGCUUGCUGGGCUGUGAGUCGGCGCUUGAUUCGAGUCCAUCUACUCGACGGCCACGCAGCCGGGCGCCUCAGAGCCCAGGUCCUGUCAAGACUGUGCUUAGUGUCCAAGAGGUUACAGAGGCUUGUGCCGCGGACCAUGGGCUCCAAUGCCCUGCUCUGGCUGAUAAGCCAGAGGCUCAACAGGCAGCGAAAGCUGACACUCUGAGCGGGAAGCAGCUUGCUGUUCUGCUUGCCACCAGUGAUUGGGCCCACGAAACCCAGCUGGUCUCACACGAACCAGCCGCAGCGAACAACCGCCUGGGGCCUAGGGCUCCCCAGCACUUGGAGAAACUGGCGACGAGCAUGCAGAUGGAUAAGAAGUACAGGCCGGAAUUCCAGGCCCGGGAAAUGCGCCCCUUUGAGAGGGGUUACUGGCUUAUGGGGCUGGACGGCUGGGAAUUCGAGGAAAAGGUCAAGGCGUGGGGCUUCCUCGGGAAUUUUAUCCGCCGGGACAGCAAGGCAGGAUGGGGCACCAGGGCAUGUCGCGACGAGUCGUGGGGCUGGAUCAGGCUCUAUGGCUGGGAGCACAUCGCCGCGGAGCUCUACACCCUCCUGUAUGUGGCCAGCUACAGGAAGCUCAAGUUCGUGGAGACCAAGUUCUACGGCGCGGCCGGGGACGUCUUAAUCGUGGUUGGCCCUAGAGGGACUCGAUCAAAGUCCGGUUGA